AUGUUUGUUCCCCUGGCGGAAGUGUUUCAGACGAAGAAGAAGAAGGAGAUGCCAAAGGGAAAGCGCGAGAAAUCGAAGAAGAAGACAGAUAUGGCGGAUAUGGUUUUCAUUGCCUCCAUGAACGAUGAUCUUCUACAGAACAUUCUCUCGAGGUUGCCAGCGAAUUCAUUUGCUUUCGCUUCCUGUGUUAACCGAUCCUGGAACAGCGUCUGCAAUCACAUCCUCUCUCGUCCCAAAAUCAUCUCUGCUUUCUCUCGAAAUCCUGAUCAACUUAGAGGUGGAGAAGAAGUGCUUGACAAGGUUUUAUCUGAGCCAAUUCGACCAGAUUUUGUAAUCGCAAACAUUACAUGUGGGAACAUGGAAGAAACUUUGAGACUGAUAACGAAAAGAGUGGGAUCAAGGGUUCCUAUUAUUGUAUCUCUAGUUGCUGGAAUCUUGGGGAAAGAAGCGUGUAAUGACAAAGCUGGAGAGGUCAAAAAGGAUGAUAAUCCAAGUUUUGCUAUACUGUUGACGAUUGGCUACUUGCCAGGAAUGAAAGUCGAUGUUAUUCCUGUCAUUCAAGCAAAAGGGGAAUCUGGAACGAAAAUUGGAGACAAAUUUGUGAUGGAUAUCAGGAAUUUUGUGUCCGCGGUAUCGUAUGCUGCUGCACCAACAUGUCUUAUACUCUUUGGGGAGGAUACUCAUGCCACAGAACAUAUCAUUCGAAAAUUGGAUUAUGCCAUGCCUGAAGAAACUACUUUUGUGGGUGAUCAAAUAUGCGAGUCUUUACUUAAGCGUGCUAAUGAAGCAAUAAAUGUUCAGUUGCACGAAGGCAAUAGCAGAGUUCUCGUAGGUUUAAUCAUUGCAAGAGAUAGACACAGACCCAUUCAGGCUGGAAGAAUUCAGUUUCACACUGCAAUAUCAAGAGGACUGUCAUCGGUUGAUCUGAGGUACAAGGCGGCUAAUUCUAUUGCUAAUGUCUCUGGAAGGCCUGGCACGCUUCUGACUGCAAAAAGAAGAGGAGAAGCAGAGGUUCUUAAUGGCGAACAAAUUCUGGAUGACAUAGAAGAGACUUUGUUAGGAAACCAGAGCUCAGAGUAUGAUCCAUACAUCGGAGUAAUGAAACGAAGAAAAUACUCGGUUGGUUCGGAGGAGAAGCCAAAGAUCAUGGCCUCACUUGUAUUUCAUCAUGUGGCUGCAGGCGACGAACAGUAUCUUGUAGUCAACGGUGUUGGGAUAAAAACGGGCGACUAUUUCCAAGUUUACACUCCUGAUCUCAAAGUGGCUGAAUCAUCACUAAAUGCUGUUUCUUCUCAGCUUAGAAGCCUCAACUCUAAACCGAAUAAACAGAGAGUCGUUGGAGGUUUUGCUUUCGUCGGAAGUGGACGUGGUGAGUCCUUCUUUGGUCGUCCAAACGUGGACAGCUCGCCGUUAUUGGAGAAUUUCCCGGAGUUACCUUUUGGCGGUAUAUUCUGCGACGGUGAAAUCGGACGCAGCUUAUUCACGGUGACGGAGGAGGGAGAGGAAGAGGAAAAGAAAGAAACAAACAUCCGAAGAUGUCUUCACGUUUAUAGUUCGGUUUAUCUUAUUGUCUCCUAUACUUCUUCUUAA